GGGUUUUACCUGACAUUGCAUUCCCAGGCGUCUGGCUUCUCACAGUUGCCUGUGGCAAAUGGGGGUCUUCGAGUAGUUCCCGAGCCAGCGGGCAGAAGCGGCCCAACAAGAGCCCUUCUUUCCUGGGGGCCCACAGCCGGCUGUGAUAUCUUGGGGGUGAAGACGGGGAGGCUUCGGCUGGGAAAGGGAGAAAAGAGCAGCCACUGUCUGUCGGUAAGAUGAGCACCCACCCUUCCUCUCCUUUUGACCCUGAGCGCCGAGUUCGGAGCACGCUGAAGAAGGUCUUUGGGUUUGACUCUUUUAAGACACCUUUACAGGAGAGUGCGACCAUGGCUGUAGUGAAAGGUGACAAGGACGUCUUUGUGUGCAUGCCCACAGGGGCAGGAAAAUCCCUCUGCUAUCAGCUCCCUGCUCUGUUGGCCAAAGGCAUCACCAUUGUAAUCUCUCCUCUCAUUGCUUUGAUUCAGGACCAAGUGGACCACUUGCUGGCCCUGAAGGUACAAGUGAGUUCCUUGAACUCAAAGCUCUCAGCCCAGGAGAAGAAGGAGCUGCUCUCUGACCUAGAGCAAGAAAAGCCCCGGACCAAACUUCUGUACAUCACGCCGGAGAUGGCAGCUUCCGCCUCCUUCCAGCCCACCCUGAACUCCCUGAUGUCCCGCCACCUGCUCUCCUACCUGGUGGUGGAUGAAGCUCAUUGUGUUUCCCAGUGGGGGCACGACUUCCGGCCUGACUACUUGCGUCUGGGUGCCCUGCGCUCCCGCCUGGCACAUGCCCCAUGUGUGGCUCUGACUGCCACAGCCACCCUGCAGGUCCAAGAGGAUGUGUUUGCUGCCCUGCACCUGAAGCAACCAGUUGCUGUCUUCAAGACUCCCUGCUUCCGGGCCAACCUCUUCUAUGAUGUACAGUUCAAGGAACUGCUCUCUGAUCCCUACGGGAACCUGCGGGACUUCUGCCUUAAGGCUCUUGGGCAGAAGGCUGAUAAAGGGCUGUUAUCUGGCUGUGGCAUUGUCUACUGCAGGACCAGAGAGGCCUGUGAACAGCUGGCAAUAGAGCUCAGUUAUAGGGGUGUGAAUGCCAAGGCGUACCAUGCAGGGUUGAAGGCUUCUGAAAGAACGCUGGUGCAGAAUGAGUGGAUGGAGGAGAAGGUCCCUGUAAUUGUUGCUACCAUUAGUUUUGGGAUGGGUGUGGACAAAGCCAAUGUCAGGUUUGUUGUCCACUGGAACAUUGCCAAGUCUAUGGCUGGGUACUACCAAGAGUCUGGCCGGGCGGGCAGAGACGGAAAGCCUUCCUGGUGCCGUCUGUAUUACUCCAGGAAUGACCGGGACCAAGUCAGCUUCCUGAUCAAGAAGGAAGUAGCAAAACUCCAGGAAAAGAGAGGGAACAAAGCAUCUGAUAAAGCUGCUGUCUUGGCCUUUGAUUCCCUGGUGGCCUUCUGUGAAGAAUCAGGGUGCCGCCACGCUGCCAUUGCCAAGUACUUCGGGGAUGCGCCCCCCGCCUGCACCAAAGGAUGUGACUACUGCCAGAACCCUGCGGCGGUGCGGAAGCAGCUGGACGCUUUGGAGCAAAAAAGCAGCUGGAGCAAGACCUGCAUCGGGCCCUCCCAGGGGAAUGGCUUUGACCCUGAGCUGUAUGAGGGAGGCCGCAGGGGUUACGGGGGCUUUAGCAGGUACGAUGAAGGUUCUGGAGGCAGCGGGGACGAGGGCAGAGACGAGGCCCACAAGCGGGAAUGGAAUCUCUUCUAUCAGAAGCAGAUGAGCCUGCGCAAGGGCAAAGACCCCAAGAUAGAAGAAUUUGUACCCCCAGAUGAGGACUGUCCCCUGAAAGAGGCUUCUAGCAGGAGGAUCCCCAGGCUCACCGUGAAGGCCCGUGAGCACUGUCUGGGGCUUCUGGAGGAGGCUCUGAGCAGCAACUGCCAGGCCGUAGGUUCCACUGAUGGACUUGACUUCCAGGCUAAGGCUGUGGAGCUGGAACACGAGAUAUUUCAAAAUGCCAAGGUGGCCAACCUGUACAAGGCCAGCGUGCUGAAGAAGGUGGCUGAGAUCCACAGAGCCUCCAAGGCUGGGCAGCUCUACGUCAUGGGAGGUGGUACCAACAGCCGUAGCGCCCAGGCUGAGCCCCCAGAGCCCACCGAGUACGACAUCCGGCCGGCCUCCCAGGUGUACUCGCUCAAACACAAGCGGGUGGGAGCCGGUUUCCCCAAAGGCUCCUGCCCAUUCCAGACGGCCACUGAGCUGAUGGAGAAGACGCAGGCCAAGGAGCAAGACCCCCAGCCUGCGCAGGGAGGCAAGCAGGAGCCGCCCAGCCGACCCUGUGGCCUCCAGGAUGAGGACCGCAGUGAGCCCCUUCCUGGGCCCAGAGGAGAGGUCCCCGGGAGCAGUGCUCGUUGUGGGGGGCCCUCCCCUGAAAAGAAGGCAAAAGGCCCCUCUCAGGGCAGUCCCUCUGCCAAGGCCCGUGUCACCAAGAAGCAGCAGCUCCUGGCUGCAGCGGCCCUCAAGGACUCUCAGAACAUCGCCCGCUUCUUCUGCCAAAGGGCUGAGGGCCAACCUCCAGUCACUUCAGCCCCAGGGGCAGAAGGUGCCAGCCCCUCCUGUGGGGAGGUGCAGGGACCCCUAACAGCCUCAGAGGAGUGCACAGGGGAGGCGGAUGAAGCCAUGGGACAUUUGGCUGCCCACCCCCAGACAAAGGAGUGCACCAGGGAGGAGCCAAGUGUCUGCCCACUCAGAGACCAGAGGCCCCCUGAAGGCCAGCCCGCCCCAACAAAGGAGACCCAGAGAGGCAAGCGGCUCAGACCCCAGCAGGGGAGCCCAGAGAGCCAGGCUCAGAAGAGGCCACGCUCCUCUGCCAAGGCCUCCAUCUUAGCUGAGACUAAGGGCAGCGUCUCAGCCAGCGAUCAGGGCACCAUGAACUCUGCGGCCCAAGGCUCCUGCCAGCUCUCAACUCCUGGCAUCUCCCUGAAGGAGGCUGCGAAUGUUGUGGUCAAGUGUCUGACCCCUUUCUACAAGGAGGGCAAGUUUGCAUCUAAGGAAUUGUUUAAAGCCUUCGCCCGCCACCUCUCACACUCACUGACUCAGAAUCCCUCUCCAGGAAGGAGCGUGAAGGAAGAGGCCCAGAACGUUAUCAAGCUGUUGUUCCACGGCCGGGCCCGGUGUGAGAGUGAAGCUGACUGGCACGGCCUGUGUGGCCCACAGAGAUGACCGACGGCUGCCCGACAGGGCUGGUGUCCUCCUCGGACUCCACCGCGGCCCAGCUUAGCCUCACUCAGGAAUGGGGAAGGUGGGCGGCCUGCUGCCGCCAGGGGCGUCCUAUGUUCUCAGGCUCCUAAGCCCCUUCCAACCACACCUUGCUUUGGAAAUGGGCCUGGACACUUCCCAAAUCAAGGUCAGAGGCCAGAGUUCAGCCCACCUUUAUUUUUGCUUGCAAAGCCUGAGGUCCUCUUUCUCCCAGCCUCCCUGCCUCUUCUGGCCCUCGUGGCAGGGUUUUCUGGGCCAGAUCCCCAGGUUAGAAAGUGGCCGGUGGUGUGGCUGCUGCCAGGGGAACAGAGGGAAAGAAGGUCUCGCCACCUCUUGUACUUAACAGAUUUUAAGCCGGGGGCCAGACCCACCGGCCCAAGGCCUUGGGGCCUACUUAGGAAGAGCCCCUGCUGGCCUCAGAUCUCCCUUAGGCCUCCAGUUCUGCCCAGGCGCAGAGCUCAUGAGAGGGGCCACAGCCAGGCCCCACCCAGCUUCUGGUCAGGAAGGCCAGGCCGGACUUAGAUGUUUACCUGAGGAAUAAAGUCCUGGUUGUCAUGACACACACUCACGCACACACA